AAUUGAAGUUUUGUUACACAGCAAAAAAUGUAGUAAACGCAAGCAUGUAAUAAUGAUUUGUGUAGUCAAUUUUAUGUAAUAUUACAUAGCUUUUAUGGAACACAUUUUGUAUUUUUGCCUAACACCAAUUACGCCUAAAUUGUGUAAUAUUAACAGCCUUUUUAAUUAAUAUUGCAUACGCGUGUUUCCUCAUGUUUAGCUGUCAAAUUUUUCCACCAUCAGUAAUCAAAACAAAGCGUUCCAAGUCGGCCAGCUUCAAGGAGGCGUUCCAGCAGAUCGAGGACUUUAUCGCCAACCCGGAGUACUCUACGCAACUGUUGACGGGCGAACUUGACAACCGUCCCGAAACGGACGUCGAGUUCAACAAGCUGCGCGAGACGGAACAACACGACGACGUCGAGUGCGCUGGAAAAGGCCUAACGACGAGGACGGUGCGGUUUCAGUGCGUUGGUCAAUCGCCAACUAACUCACCGGGCGGGACUGUUUUUCGAGAACGAACUGGAAUGUAAUGGCCGAAGAUCCUACGUUGCAUAAAAAUGGCUCACUGCUUCGGGCGUAAGCUGUGAUAGUUCCCCGUCGCCGUUACUAAUCAUGGAUCUGCUGCGGCAUCACUCGGAGUUCGAGCAGCUCGAUCGUUCCGGUCCGUAGGCGAACUCCACCGUCCACAUGCUGGAGUAUUCCGACGCCAACGAUGUAAUGAGUUUGGCGCAGUUCAGGACGCUUUUCACAAAAACUGCUCCACCCGACUAUGGGACGCCACGUACACGAUCCAAGGCCCCCUGACCUGGCGACGGUUCCAUCGCCUGCCGGACGAGGCACAGGCCAAUGCGAACCUCAACCCGUACCAAACUGACUCUGUCCCCGUACGCCAAUACUGGGACAAACUCCUGCAUGAGCCGUACUCAAACGCGCGGGACAAUGCGCAAAAGUCUUCCGCCAGGAAAAAAGUUUGUGUCUAACUGCCCAUUGAGUUGAACCCGGAUAAAAUGCUUUGUUUUGUUGUCUUUUUUAGGUUUAAAUUUUGUGUGAGCGAUGUUUAGAGGGAUUUUUAAACCUGGAUGUUGUCCUAGGUCCAACCUCCAAGGCCAACGCCUUCCUCAACAAAACCAGGGCCAUCGAGGACAUUUCCAGCACGCCAUCGCCGAAGCGCAAGUUUAUACAAAUAUCCGGCGACGUGUAGUCGCUAGACCUGUACAUCUUCUCGCCGGUGCGUCGUAACGUGCCCGCGUCACACCUAUUGAACCACCCCGUAGCAGUGGCGCGUCUUUUCACGCCCGGAAUCAACAUUCAGACCUCAAAUCUGAAGUUCCUUCCUCGGGCUCGGCAUCAUGGGCUGCGGUAUCGUAAAGACCCUGCUCAACUCAGGCCACUCGGUUGUGGUGUGGAACCGCACCGCCAACAAGUGCCGCAAGCUCAGGAGGCGGGCGCCGAGGACGCUGACACGCCUUCGGACGUGAUUGAGUUUACGGACGGGACGAACUCGUGCGUGUCGGAUCCGCAAGAAGCG